GAAGAACACACCGCGUGCGGGGCGGGGUGAAGAGAACGGUGAAGCGCAGCGGAAUCGUGAAGGAAAAAAAUGCAACGAUGGGCGAAAACGGGGCAAAAGGGAAAUCAGGCACUACUGCAUGUGCUAGCUGCUAUAACGCGAUAGAACCGGAACGACAUGUGGCAGCCGUUGGUCAGCUGUGGCACGCGGAAUGCUUUAGGUGUUCGGUUUGCGAUGCACGACUGUCGAGUUGGUAUUUCGAGAAGGAUGGUCUACUGUUCUGCCGGGAUGAUCAUUGGUCAAAGUUUGGUGACUGCUGCCAGCAGUGUUCGCAGUUUAUCUCCGGACCUGCGAUGUUUGCCGGUGAUCACAAGUUUCAUCCGGAAUGCUUUCGCUGCGAAUUGUGUAAAGUUUUCAUCGGCGAUAGGGAAUCGUACGCGUUGCUGGAACGCUCGAAGCUGUACUGUGGGGUGUGUUACAAACAUCAGCAGAAAACGCUGGAAGUGAAUCACAAUGAAGCAAUAGUGUCACCUUCGAAGGAAAGACAGAAGAAACUACCGCAUUCCAUCCGGCUGGUUGAGAUACCCUGGAGCGGCAAUCGAUCGGAUCGUAUUCGGCUGGCAACGGACGAGAAACUGUUCGGUGCGACCGGGAAGGGUGUUGCGAAUGGAUGCAAGAGCGUUAGGAUAUCAGAGGUAUUCUGUACGGCGUACGGCCAGAUAGGAAAGUACAUAUUCUCUUGUAUUAACACCGCGUUGGAUUCUUGCUGUGGUUUACUUCACUUUAGAGUAACGCUCAAUCCCGAUCUAAUGCCACUCCGGGUCGGCGAUAAGGUGCUGGAAGUGAACGGCACACCCGUCCGUGACGUGCCGCUGGAAAGCUUGCAAAAUCUCAUCGAAGCGUCGACGGGCAAAGCGCUCCAGCUAACGGUGGAACACGAUCCGGACAUUAUCGAGCAGUCGAUGGCCGAUGUUAAGGGUGGCGAAGGAAUACUAUCAGCAUCGUACGGUGGUGUAUCGAAAGGUGCCUCAGACGCUGCCAACAAUAAUGAGGACGAUGAAGGUACGCGAAGCCUAUCGCCCAGCAAGCUGGAACGCAUUUUCAAAAAGAAGGACGAGGGCUACAUGAGUGGAUCGUCGCGAAAGUUGCAGAAACGUUUGAAGGAUGUCAAUUGCAAUACUGCUACCAACAGUUUAAAGGAGAAGGAACGCAGCUCAAGCAUGUCCCGGUUGCUAGACGAACAUCGCACCAUGGCAACCGGUGGCGAAUUUUACGACCUGUCACGCACUAAAUCGUUUCGCGUUGAACCCAAAGCCGCACGCAUCUUUCGUGCCUCCGAUCUGGUGCAAGGGGAACUGUUGGGCAAAGGGUUCUUCGGACAAGUGUUCAAAGUGACGCAUCGCGUUACCCAGGAAGUAAUGGUGCUAAAAGAGCUGUACCGGGUCGACGAGGAAGCGCAAAAGAAUUUUCUCAAAGAGGUCGCCGUGCUGCGGUCCCUGUCGCAUCACAACGUGCUUCGCUUCAUCGGUGUGCUGUACAAGGACAAAAAGCUGCAUCUCGUGACGGAGUUCAUACCCGGCGGUUCGUUGAAGGAGUUGAUACACGAUUCCGGCCAGCCGCUUAGCUGGGAGCAGCGAAUAUCGUUUGCGCGGGACAUUUCGUGCGGCAUGAGUUACCUACACUCGAUGAACAUUAUCCAUCGGGAUCUGAACUCGCUUAACUGUUUGGUGCGUGAGAAUGGGACGGUGAUUGUGGCCGAUUUCGGGCUGGCGCGGAUUAUCAAGCAACCGCUAAUAAGUACCACUGCGUAUGAAAAGUGUACUGCACCACCGCCACCGAGCGGCAAUGGGACGAUUGGACGACGGGGGCGGCCACGUCGACAGCGGUACACGGUGGUGGGCAAUCCGUACUGGAUGGCGCCGGAAAUGAUGCGCGGCAACAAGUACGACGAGAAGGUGGAUAUUUUUUCGUUUGGAAUUAUGCUGUGCGAGAUUAUUGGACGGGUGCAGGCCGAUCCGGACUAUCUGCCCCGGUUGCCCGAUUUUGGGCUGAACGAGCAAGUGUUUCGGGAAAAGUUUUGCGGCCAGUGUCCGGAACCGUUCUACAAGAUUGCCUUCCUGUGCUGUGAUUUAAAUCCGGACAAGCGGCCUCCAUUCCAUGUGCUGCAAGGUUGGCUAGAAACCAUGGCAACCGUAGUAGCCCUCCAGCGACCCAUUCCGGUAAGAAUAAUCGAUGAAAUCGAAAACUUUAAAGAGCUACAGAGUACGGAAUCAAGUUUGUGCACCACUCCGGAUGGGCUGUCCACACCACCACCACCACCCUCAUCAGCCGGUGGCUAUAGCCUUAAGCCAUCGCUUAGCCGAAAGCGCAUUUGCGAGGGACAGGAAGACGAUCAUGCCGAACGGCAGCAUAGAAUGACCGAUGUACAAACGACGACGAUGAGCCUAGACGUGGUGGACGGUGUUUGUAAUGUGCCUGUAGAUAGUAGUAAUGUUCGUGUGUCAUGUGCCGGUGCUGCCGUGGUGCCGCCGGAAGCAGGAACCGAUGCAACGGCUGCCGUAGCAACAGCAGCAGGGCCAGGUUUCAUUGUAGUGGAUUUUAACGAUAUACCAAAGUCACCACACCUGGGGAAAGAUUUCUCCGCCAACGGGGAUCGCAUACGGGACAGUAUACGUGCGAAACGGCGCCAGCGCAUGAUGUUGAGUCGCGAAAAUCAACGAAAGUCACUCGAUUCCAGUUUACUAGCUGCACGGAUCGGAGGUCCAGACCGGCUGACGGAUAUGAGCAACGCGAUGGACGAUGGGAGUGCAUCGGAACCGAUCAGUUUAAUCAUGACAAGUGAAAUGAUUGCAAAAGACGCCAGUGCAGUUGCUGCGGCUGCGAAUGUGACAGAACGACCCUCCACGGAGCAGGUGCUUGCCUCGGUAAAGGACAGUCUGGAGCGUAACAAAGACGCCACCCGGGUUGACAGUCCCUUCCUGGAUGGACAGUUGGUGCAGCAGAAAACGAAGCAUUACGGUGAGAAAGGUUUCAUCAUACACGUCCAAAAUGGGCACCUGACGCUGAACAAUGUGCGCGAUCUGGAGAACUGUUCGGACUUUGAUUCGAGUUGCGAUACCAGUUUGAACUACAUGGAGGCAAACGGCAAUCGGGUUGACGGUGAUGCGUGUGAAUCGAUUCCACCGAAAGCUGCCGAACCUUUAUGUCAGGCGCCGCUAGUUGAUAAGCCUGCGACGGACCGUGAGAAGGAAAUGUUUUCCCCGGGCGAACGCAAAAAGUGUGAAAAAGAAAAUAUUGCGCUCGACGCUGAAUCGAAACCGGUGGAGUCGAAAAAGAAUUUCACUUCGCUCAAAGCUAUCUCGCCGCUGGCCUCGAUUCUGCCGGAAAGUAACAGCCCAUCAGUAGGUGCACCGCUGGAUGUGAGUGUGCUGGCGGCCAAAAAGGAGGAAAAAUCGAUUUCCUCGAGCGCUCAAAAAGCCGUCCAAUAUACGCGGAGGCUGUUCCGUGUUGCCGAACCUUCCGCGACUGCCGGUGUGCCAUCCAGCUCAAAGCAAAGCAAUGACAUUCCUGCAUCGAUGCAGCGAUCCAGUGUAACGGUGGGAUCGAAACCGGGUGGUAAAGUAUCUGUCCACGUGCGCACUACUUCAUCGGAACGUUCGAUCUUUUCUACCAAACAGAAAAUAUCUCCCACAUCGGAUCCGGAACCACAAACCGGGUUCGGUGGGACAAGUGGAACAGCAACCACGCUAGUAAAUGACCUCGCAUCGGUUGAUCGGCCGGGGAAAUCAAAUACUGUUCGAUCAUCUGUCCAAACGAUGGUACACUCGUACAAAUCUAAACCAAACGAACCGGCGGAUGGGGUGCAUAAGGGACAUACGGCGCGGUUAGCAUCCGGGAAACGCACUAGCAGUGUUGUUGGCAAGUCGAGCAGCUCCAGUAGAGCGGAUAGUGCCGUUUGUGUUGAUGAGAUGAUCCGUUCCGCUGAUAAACCUCCGAUCAGUUGUACCGGUGGUGCGGGUGUGCAUUCAGCCAGCUUGCUAAAGUUAACCAAGGGCCGUACGUAUCGACCGGUAGAACGGAUGACGGUGCAUUACAACGAAAUACGGGCCAACUCAGGCGCCAAGGAAAGGUACACAUCGACACUGUCACCAACGGUCGGUAGCAGUGGAAGCAACUCACGCCCUGAGUCUCCUUCGCAACCAGGGCCAAACGGAGCCCGAUCGCUUAUUGGUGGUGUUAGUAAUGGUAGUCGGAGCAAUGGCAUUCUUUCUCCUGCUAGCAUUCGACGCCUCAAUGCCCGGCUGCUGGAGGCACGUAAGGUAAAUAACACUCUGGCGCAGGAUCAUCAUCCGGCGGUGGGUGCGUUGAAGGGCAAAGGAUGUAUUGGUCCAAUGCUUUCCCUGCAAGGUGCAACGAAAGGACCCGGAAUGGCACGUAAAGUCCCAUUAUCUCCGUCUAGUCCCGUGCGAGGAACGGUGGUGCAUGGUAGCUCCGUCGCUGGAUGUGGUAGAGAGCGCAAGGUACUGUCACCGACUGCUCUGGUUAAGGUGCCCAAGUGAGCCUGGGAAUUGGGAUUAAGCUUGCUCACAGUUAAAUAGUACCUUUUUUUUUAAACGUACAUACAUACAGUUACUCUCGUGUAAAAUGGAAUAUCUCGAAAAGAAAAACUCCCGACAGAAGGGAAGGUUAUUGUUUGAUAUAAUCAGUAAUGGUAGCAAAUGGCGAUAUUCUGAGUAUAAGCUUGUCAAGCUCUUCAACAGUGUGCAGAACAAAAGAUUUCAAAACUUUGAAGCUACAGCUACACGGCCAUUUUCCUGAAUGCUCGAUUUUGCUAGUCUCCUUUUCGUUUCGGGUUUCGUUUGAUGCACUGUGCAGGAUCUUAUAUUUUUAUUCCAUUUUUUAUCAUUAGUUCUAUACAGUACAGAGGAUAAACUACUGAAAUCCUUGAAUGUGCUCCAAUCUAUAGUGCGCCGUGUACUUGAUCGCUCAUGUCUUGUUUCUAAAAAAUCACAAAAAGCUGUGAAUGCCAAUUUCAAUUUUUCACCUUUAAUCCCGGAAGAUCGGAUUAAACGCAAACCUUCAGCAGAUUGUGAAAUUUUAAGGUGUCCGUUUUUCACCGAGAGCAACUGUAUAUUGUAAUUUAAGACACCUACAGACACACUAACACUGCUCAGCUAACGAGUUACUCAACGUUACGAUAGGAUUUUAAGCAAGACACACACACAAACAUGCCAAGGCAGCGCUACUGCUCGCCCAAUUGUUCGCUAAGUAAUGCAUUAGUGGCUCAAGCACUAGUAACCAAAUGUUGGGGAAGGACCGCCAUUUUGAAGCCGAUAUCUCGAAGCACACUUUCGUCUUAUUCAUGCACACCUUUCAGUCACACACUUACUACAAACUACUCAGCUAACGCCACUAUUGUCUCUCUAUUUCUCUCGCAAAAUGCAAUAAUAUCUGUACUAUCGUUGUAAGACUUGAGACUAAGUUUUGUAAGGCCUUACAAGUUUAGUUUAAGCAAAAAAAAACGUGCGCGCGGAUACAACUGCAGGUGAACGUUUUGACGAAAGACGACUCAUCCAAUACCUGUGGAGGUAUGUGCAAAUGUUAAGCGUUUGUUAGAUUGUAUUCCAUUUAAAAUGCCAUUUUUGGUUCGUAAACUACGAGAUUCCAGAGCGACCACAAAUUUGCAACGUACGGCUCUAUUUCAGCGGAUUCUAAGAAAGGUUUACUUAAGUUUUACAUUACCUUAGCACAUGCCAAACUUCCAGCAGCUUCUUCUUCAGGGUUUCUCCUUCCUGUGUGCAUCUUUACCUAGAUGAUCUCACAUUAACUGUCCCUUUUUUAAACUUUUUCUUUUAAAAAUUACCUUGUGAAAGGUCCUGCGUUUCAUUGUUUAAUAACUAGAGAAAAAACACACUAACUCAAACUAAUGGACUAAACGGAACUGAUCGAACUCAGCUGAACUGAGCUGGAAUGGACUGAGCUGGACCGUAAUAUUGACUUAACAUGGUUUUUUUUUAACUUAAAAUUUACCCCACAUUUAAAUCCCUUUUACUCGUUCCUCCUUCCGAGGCGAUCCGUCUUGUUUGUUGAACAUCGAUGGUCUGAUUGAUCGGCCGAGAACGUCGAGGUUGAACCUUAUUGGGUCUCCUCGUCAACAUCGAUGUACUUCGUCAGCACUUUCGAUGAUUCGGUCGUCAACAGCUUACUGACCCUACUGCGAUCAGUAGGCGGCAACACUGUUGGAUGUUGCGAUAGCUGGUCGGGUCGCUGUCAUUUGUUUUCUUUUAAGUACCAUUUUUGCACGCUAUCUCUCUCACACACACACACACACACACCCUCUUCACCCUGUAUUAAAUGUAGCAAUGGACACGAUUUAUUAGAGGAAAGGAUACCUCCCCUUCUGCCCCAUAGCAAGAUGAAGUUACUAACCGGACUGUGAUAUUGUGGAUUAUUAAGCCACACGUGUGGCACUAGAGCGCGUGCGCCCAUACAUACUUUCCUUUCAUAUACUUUACACCUAAGGUAGGAUGGCCACCAAACCAUGGCGAAUAUUACGAUACAAAACCAGCAAAAGAAAAGACAUAGAAACCAACAUGGUUACACUUGAGCGACUUGAUGAUGGUGAGAAUUAGAGUGUAGAUGAAAAAUUCCCUAGGUUUUACCUAACUUUUGUUCACAGGAAGAAAAAAAAACAACAACCAGACACACACACAUUUUUAAGUUAGCUUUAGGUAGAUAUUAGAGCAGGGUAGAUAUCUUUGGGUCUUCACCACUCACCGGGUGAAACAAUGAAAGCGAUCCUGAGAUGGAGACUUGGAGCACAGGAACGGGAAGGAAUGUUAUAAAUCUCUUGCAAACUAGAAGACGAAUGUAUAUCUAUAAUGUAGAUAGUAUAAGCGAAUGGAAGAAAACAAAAUGAGCAUAGAUAAAACGGUAAGGUGCAAACCGAUUCCUUGGCCAUGGACAAAACAGAUAGACAGACACAGCAGACUAGCACGAGUCGGUUUGUACUGAAACACAUUGCAAAGGUUAUAUAGGCGGUAGGUUAAGCGGUAUGAAAUGUGUAUUAGCACGACUUUGAAAUCGAACCUUCUUGGCUGAGAGUGCGCAAUAGGAGAGUUGUAUAAGGAAUGUGGUUGACAAAAAAAAAAAAAAAAAUGGCGCAAAAGACGAUCGAUAUAGGUGCAAUAUAUAGCUAGCAGCUACAAAAAGAGUGGGUCGUGUACAGCUCUAUUCGGAACUGUACGAAAGUGGAGAUGAUUUUUUUUUAAAUUGAAUUCUCAUACUUUGGAUGAUUUAAUGCAAGCACCGGAAGCUGUAAAAAUGUAUUAAUUUAUUGUUUAACGUUAUUUUUUCCCUCUCCGGAACUCCGGAAAAUGGGUACCUUUUAUACAGUGAAAGCAAUUGAAAAUUCGCUUUCUCUCGUUUUUAGUCAAUGAGAAGUGGAAAAAAACAAUAGUUCGUCCAAUAUUUACUAGUUACAUCCCGAUAAAUUCCCGGCUGUGUUGUGUUUGGAUUUUUUGAGUUGUGCAUUGUUUGCGCACUCUCUUCGCCACGGGAUAGACCUUUUCCUCCUGAUAUGGUGUGUUUUUUUUGAAUGGCGGUCUAUUGUGUUUCACGAUUAUUUUAUCGCCACCACCAAAGUCCGUUGGCGUAAAAAUGCAUUGUUUUAUAUUGUAUUGUGUGUGUAUUGGAAAAAAUACGCCAUUUUUCUGCCCAAUGCAUCCGGUGGCAUGGGGCCGAAAAAAUGGCUGUUUACAUUUACAUUUAUUGUUCUUCAGCUAUCGAGCUAUCGAGGAAGUCUACAUAACAAACAUUUUUACACGCAUUACUUUUUACACAUUAAUGUUUAAAUGCACAACGAAAUGAACACUGACCAAGUGCUCCGGCAGUAACCGUUGGGCAUAUGCAGCCAAACAGGGGAAGGAACCUAUACACUCUCAAGUUCUCCCCAAUUUGACCGAAAUAACCGGGGAUAGCUACUCCUUCCGGACCAAAUCCCAUCCAGACCGCUUCCCCGUAGCAGGGCUGACUAAUUUACUUAAAUCAAGUCACAGAAAGCCAGAAAAUGGCAGGCCGAGACGUUUUGAGGUGGCAGUGCUAAGGAAAAAGAAGAACCUACUCUUUCCCCAACAAACAUGUCUCUCGGGAUGGUUUCAAGGGACUCUUAACCCGAAACUUAUAUCACGACCAGACGGGAUUUCGAUGUCCCCGAUGUCCCCAAGAAACACCUUCAUUGACGUUGGCACUGCCAUCCCGAAACUCUCCAGCUGAUGAGUGUUGAAUAUGUGAUCAUCUGUUGAUACCUUUAGCUCCUGGUUGCUUUAGAACAUUGAGCAAACGAUAACAGGUGAGCGCGGCGAUGUACUAAUCGCUCCCCAAAAGGGACUCCUCGCUAAAGCAUUAGUUUAGCUCUCGUCCUGGAGGAUUGAUAGUACUGUGCAUUAUUGGAGAUUUUUUCACACGUCAUUUUUUUGGCCAUAAAAGCGCCUAAUAAAACCCAGCGAAGUAGGCUUUCUCUGACCAGGGAUUAUUAAAAAGCUCGGUCGAUUUCGGCAGGCUGACACCUGCUUGUGACUUUUGACUUAGGUAAAAUGGGUAGAGGAAAAAAACUCUUCAUUCAGAAAUGGCGUGGGUUCGAAUCCCACCGCUAUUACCACAUGGAAGGUCCUGGAUGGUAGAAGGUUCCUGCCCUAUGGUUUAUUUCUCUUUCUCUUCUUUGCCUAACGACCUCUUAGGUUAGCCUGUCAUUUCUGGCUGUAACUUGGACAGUCAAUCCUCACCUACUGGGAAACGGACCGCAUGGGAUUUGAACCCCAGCCCUGAAGUAUGAAGACCGGCGUCGUUAUCGUCUCUACCACCGGGCUACUCCUCUUGGUUAUAACAUCUUGGAUUAUUUGGUGGUGGUCUAGCUCUCUCCACAGGGUAUGGGUCUUUGUGUUUCCCAUAUGGGACCUUGAAUUUAUUAAUCGGACUCUGGCCACGAUCUGUACAUUCGGGUACAGUUCGUUGUGCUGACGACGAUCCUGUGAAGCGACGAUCUUGUGACUUCUGACUGUUAUUAAGGAUGCAUUAUUUAUGUGUUAUCGAACCUCAUUUUUACAUCCCAACAUUAAAUGAUAAAUUAGACUGUGUAUUGUGUAAAAGAAAAAAAUGAGUGGCAAAAAGAAAACGGUUCCGAAUACUGUACACGGCCCACCGGGUAGACAGGUACCUAUCAUAUUUAUCAGGGAAAAUGGAAACUGUAGCGCUGGAGGAAAAAAAAACUUAAACCAUGUAAGCGUAUCUGUUCCAUUAAUGUGUAAAACAAACAUCCAGUGUAGCAAAAUGUAACGUAAGCGAAGGCCAAGACAAUUACCCGAUCGAUUACCCGAUGAAUGAGCGGCCCAGAAGGCAGAUCAGACAGGAUGGUUUUCUUUGGUUUUUAUUCGACACUAAUUUAUUAACACACUGAUUAUAGAACAACGAAAACCCCCGCUUCUACUUGCCAUCCUUCGCAAUUCGUUUGCAAGCAGAAUUGCACGAGUUAAAUUACCACAUGCGUGUUACGCUGCAGGCCGAUUUGAAUGUAUGCGUUGAUAACUUCCUUUUUUUGUCCUCUCUAAUCGUAAUAAAGUUAAACUAUGGUACA